AUGAGCUUGCCUUUUGACCAGAGCGAUGUCGAUUAUGCAGGGUUUGAUGACACCGAAACGAUGCAUUCGCGAUCACCUUAUCGGCGGCCACGCAUCCGAAAGUCUCGGGGUCGCGGCUUGCGAACGAGGAACGGAUGCGUGCAAUGCAGGAAACGGCAUUUGAAAUGUGAUGAGGUUAAGCCAAUAUGCGGCGCUUGUGCCAGAAAGGACAAUACCUGCGAGUUCGCCAGCUCGGGCCGCCACAGCACCAACGUUUCGGUCUCUAACAGGGCCUUCUCGAAGGCUACCCCCAAACUACCCGCAGAGCAUAUAUCAUCUCCGGUGGAGAAUAGCGAGCAUGCAUCGAGUACAGCUCAGACGGACCAGGUGCUAUUUGAACCCCCUGAAGCUACUAUCCCAGCCGGGCCUAGUUCCGCAGUCGAUACCAACCCCUCUCCGCUUGUCGAGUUUGAUCAAUCUACGGGAGACCAAAUUAAUUCGACUGAAAAUCCAUUCGCUAUUCCAGAUAACUAUUUGUCACCUUCCAACGCAUCGUCUGCGGCUGUACGAUGGUUCGGGCUACUGGCGAAUGAUGCGGCUCGAGACAGCUCAACAGUGUGGACGAUCCAAAAUUCCUGGGCGAACCAAAGUCUCUCGUUGGACCACUGCGGUUCUGAUGAUCAAGCUCAACUUAGCUCGCUACAACGCGCCACUCAAGUACUGGACGGCCCUUCCAUAUACGGGAGUCACGACCUGACGCAUGUUGGUGCGCCGGGAGCAAGCCCGCUUGAAGAAGAGCAGAUUUGGCAGUCACGGGAGCCAAUUGAUCUUUUGCCAGCUGAGGCAACCUUGUUUGGACAUUUUGUAGAUCGAGUCAGCCCCUGGAUAGAUUUGUUUGACCCCAUGGCCCGAUUUUCUACGCUCGUUGCACACCUGGCUAAACUGCAGAUACACAAUGCCGGCCUGAUGAAUGCUAUACUCGCUCUCGCAUAUCGACAUCUAGCUUUGAAUCCACGUCUGAAUAACCAUAACGCUCCAAAUAAAGAGGACUCGGCUCUUCAAUAUUAUUAUCAGACCCUCCACUAUGUCCAAAAAGCUAUGCGAUACUCUGGGUACAAAAGAAGUCUAGAGCUGCUCGCGACCACAUUGAUCAUCUCCGCCUACGAGAUGCUUGAUAACUCCACGAAAGAUUGGGAGAGGCAUCUAGAAGGCGUCUUCCUAAUACAAAGAUCACAGACCAUUCAUGGGGAGUCUGGGGGCCUACAUUCGGCCGUUUGGUGGGCGUGGCUUUGUCAGGACAUCUGGGCGGCUUUUCGUGAGAAACGCAAAACUCUUACAUUUUGGGUUCCGCAGAAGCCGCUUUCUGUAUUGUCACCAUAUGAGCUUGCAACACGCUCAAUAUACAACACGGCGAAGGUUAUCAGCUACGCCGCUGAGGCUGCGACUGAGGCAGUCAUCGGACGCCGAGCUGAAGAGGCGACCCGCCUCCGCCGGAUGUUGGGUGAUUGGCAAGAGCAUCUGACCAUUGAAUUUUCUCCGCUGCCACUUGGCUCACGCCAGCAAUCGUCGUACUUUCGACCAAUUUGGAUCCAUCCACCUGUAUUUGCUGUGGCGCUUCAAUUCUUCAGUGUAUCAAAUAUCCUAUUGCUUGCUCAUGAGCCUAGUUUGGGAGGCAUGGAGCAGUACCUCGAACGGCAAAGAGUUAUCAAGCGCUGCGUAGAGAAUGUCUGUGGUAUUGCUGUUACACUGAAAGACGACCCCUCUAGUCUCAUGUCAUCGCAAGCUGUAUAUAUUGCGGGGAAGCUUACUCAAGACCAAUAUGCCCGAGAAGCUAUAUUAGAGCUACUAGAGUCCAGUCGUGAGCGGAGUGGUUGGCCAAUUCGAUCCUUGGGAGAGGAACUGCAGCAUUUCUGGGAAGAACACGAGCCGACAAAACCGCAGCUGUCUCGAACUUAG